AUGCAGGUGUCAGUGACAGAGUGCAGAAACUGGCGGGAGGUCCUCGCCGUGGUAGAGAACUUGGGAGAUCUCUUCGACUUUCGGAACACCUCGACGGCCGUGCAUCGAGUUGCAAAGUCCAGUGUGGAAGCCGGCGAGGCUCAGCUGGCGAAGGCGGACCAUCGCUUCCCGCGGCUGCUGCAGCUGCUCAGGGCGAAGUGCAAGGAUUUAUCGGCCUGGGGACUCUCAGACGCAACGUGGGGGAUGGCGAAAAUGCAGUGCAAGGACGACGAGAUUUUCACGAGGCUCUCUCUGCGUGCCCAGAGCAUCAUCCAGGCCAACACCAUGAUGGUCCUUGCUGCAUGCCACAAAGGCCACGACACCUGCGACUCCGAGGUUAUCUGUUGCAUGGCCAGUGAGGAGGCCGAAAUUUCCUCAGCCAUCACCGAGGUCCAGCUGGCCCUCGAACGCCUUCGGAUCGCCACCUUGCGAUCGCCCCACCGGGCUGCAUCUGCAGAUCCUCUCCCUGAGUGGGAGGUUGUGUCUGAGCCUCCUGCCGAGGCUGCUGCCUUUCCUGAUUGCCCUCAGCACUGCCUUGACCUUUGCUUGCGCCUUUCUUGCCCGGGGGUCCCUUCAGAGAACCGUGCGCGCCGUGCCUGGAGAGCCGGCUGCUGGGCCCGUGAGGUACUCGCUGGUCGGUGGGCCACGCCUUUGGCCACCCCGGCUCUGCCUGCUGUGCGUCCUGUGGUUUACGUUGUGCUUUUCAGCUCUAAGCUGCCCUCGCCUGCCCGCUUCUCCACCUUCGCUGCCCUUCGUGCUGUCAUCGGGGAAGUGUCAGGACUCGGUGUUGCACUCCUUCGGCUCCCUGGCCGAGGCCAGAGUCUACUGCUACGCUGCCGAGGUGGAGUUACAUUCACCCUACCAAGGAUGAAUCCGGAGAACUUGAAGUUCGACCCCGAGGGAGUUGGGCAGCCGUGUGCCCUAACCUGGCCCCUUCCAACUCAAGAUGCAGAGGAGCCCCGGGUCUUAGCCCUUCCGCUGAAGCGCAGGCCUGGAGGAUUCAUGCUGGCCCUCCCGGCUUACCUCAGCCAUUCCCUCACGGAGGAUGCUGCCUCGGAGGAGCCCUUGGAUAUGCUGGGCCUGUCCCUGCUGGUGUCAGUGCCUGCGGUCGAAGAGGACGAGCAGGGCGAGGAGGUGCCGGUGGGCCUGGAGUGCCCCGUGUUAUUGCUGGACGUCGACGAUGGCCUUGCCGAGAGGAUGGUGCCCUACGACCCGGUUACCGACAUAGAUGUGGUUCCUUUCGUGUUGGGCUCCUCCCAGCUGUUCCCCCAGCCGGAAGCACUGCAGAGGGCAGCCCGCGAAUGGGUCGAGGGAGCCUCGUCCGAGAAACUGGGCUUCUACACCGCAGCCGAAGAGCUGCCAGAGGAGGCCGUGGUCCCUGCUGCUCAGACUCCCAAACGGCAGCCAGUGCCGAAGAACCGUGUGACGGUGAACCAGUUGUCAGAGCAAGUGUCUGCCUUGACGGGCGUGUUGCCAGGCUUGGUGGAGCAGAUGAGCGACUCAUCCCUUGCCAAAGCCCUGACCCAACAAGGGGAGGCCUUGUCCCUCCUCGUGUCGCACCUGGUGGCCCAGGGAGAGUCCUUAGACUUGGGGAGUGUGCCAAGCUGCCCACCGGAGGCUCCAUCCGGCCCUGCCGGUGCCCAGCUCCCUGGACGAUAUGAGGACCUGGAGAGGCAAGGAGGGUACGCCCAGCAGCGAGGGACCGGCCUGGUGAUGUUGAUGCUGGCUACCAUUGCCGAUUGUUUCCUGAGGGGCGACACCCAUGCUGCCAUGGAGCACCUCGGUCUCGCCCUGGCUGCCACCGAGCAGUCCUGCACCGACAACGGGAGGUGGGAUCUGGGUUUCUUGCUGACGCUGCUGGAGGAGCCUGCACCUUCAAUGUUUGCCCCGCGGGGCCAGGCAGCCAACACCCGGUUGAGGGCUUGCUCGCCUCUGGUUCCCCCUGCUUUGGGGUCUGUCACCCUGGCUUAUGUUCGGGAGGUGGACCUCCUUUCCCAAAGGAGGCUUUUGCGUGCAGGCGGUCAUGCUCCUCAGGAGGCCCGCACGCCCUUCUCUGCCUUUCUUUCUCGGACUUUGCACCUUUGCCGGCGCGGCGUGUGUGCCCCGGCUCAUGUCCUGUUCCCGCUCCCCCUUCCUCACCCGGCCAUCUUCCAGUCCUGCCUUGCACUUUCGUCUAGGCGGCGGGCCGUGGUUGCUGAGCGGCGUCUUUUGCAUGUCUUGGUGAUGGCCUUGAAUUUCCUACACCAGGACCCCCUCGAGCUUUUGCAGCGACCUCCGAACGAGCCUCAGGCCCGUUGUUUGUCCUACCUCGGGGCCCUUGUCAGGACACACGGUAGCGAGCAGGAGGGCGUAACACCUUCCAUCGCCGGGCGUCGAAUUCACGUGUUGCAAGCUCGGCUGGGAGAGCUCUCAAGACGCCUGUCGGACCUGGGCCCUGUGGGUGAUAUCUACUCCUGGGUUCCCCCCGCCGAUCCUGUGGUCCUUCCGGACACCCUGCCUGAGGACCAGCAGCCCUACCAACCUGCCCAGGCCGAGCGCCUUCAGAUCAGUGGCCGUGGGCUCUGGGACCCGCUGCCCUUCCUGCCGCCUGUCCUGCAGAUGGCUUACGCGGAGCCUAGGAUCUUUGCGGCCAGGAAGUCAUCAGGCAAGCUGCGCCAGAUAGGCUUGUGCUUGUGCAUAACAGACCGCCGAGACUUCUACUGCCAGCUGAGGCGUUUGUUGGGUCCCAGGCUCUGCUUGACCUUCGCCUUCGCCUCGCCGACAGUGCAAGCUUGUUUCUCGUCGGUGCUCCAGGGGGAUCAUCUCGGAGUGGAGGUGGCGACGGCCAGCCACUCUGCUUACCUUGAAAGCAAGGGGCUUUUUCUCCCCCGCCAGCGCCUGCAAGCGAACCAGCCGGUGCUCAACAGCCAAUGCCACCAAGGGCUGAUAAUAGACGAUUUCUUUGCCAUUGCUAAAAUCAGCCGGUCGGCGCACGCUGGCCUCACUUCCUCUACCACGACCCCGGCCAAAACCUGCAUGGACGAGGCUCUGGCUGCGUACCAGGCCGCGGGGCUAGAAGGAUCGGCUGAGAAAGACGUGGUGAAUGCAACGGUCGGCUCGGUGGCAGGAGCAGAAGUCGACAGCCGAAGCAGCACUCUUGCCAGAGGGCUCUGUGUUAUCGGAGCUCCUCGUUCGAAACGUUUUGUGCUGUCGGUUCUCAGCCUAGAAGCCUGCUUGCUGCCACUGACUCUCUCAACGCGUGUUUGCUGGGAAGCUGGACCUCAGCAUGCACGUUUCGUCGGCCGUGUUUCUGAAUUUCAGCUGGCAGCAGCUCUGGCCCCGGUCGCCUGCUCUGAUGUGGCCGCCCCGUAUGCCGAUCGCCUCUACGCCACCGCCCUGCUGCGACGUGCCGACCCCAUGUUUGAAGAGAGGCCGGAGGCUGACCAAGCGAGCCCAGAACGACCGCUCGCUUUUCUCUUUGACUUCUUGGCAUUGGGAGAUGUGUCCCCGCACUACUGCCUCAGCCUGCCUCGCCUCCUGGACUGGGUCUUUUACCUCAUCGACGAGGAUCGUGUCCGAGCCAUCUAUGUGGCCGCCCCUUUGGUGCUGACCUGGCAGGGCACAGCUGCUGUGGCAAGGGAUGCUGGGCCUUUGCGGGGUCCAGACGUGCGAGUGCUCCUGUUCUCUUCCCCAUCGGCCGGGUUUCGUGCCACGGUCCGGACCGAUCAGGUGUGGAGGUGGAAAGGGCAGGUCCACAUCAACAUCCUCGAGGCUUCGGCCCUCGCUCGCCUCUUCACCUCGCUUGCUAUCCAGGGGGGCCCCUUGAGGCCGUUCGAGCCACCAGUUCUUACCCUUGGCCCGGCCUUCCGGGAUGAGGCCGACCAUUGCUGUGCUGCCUCUCGGUAUGCCUCCCUGUUGCCUUCGACGCCACCUUUGGAUUUCCUGGCGAAGGGCCCCGGAGAGAAGCGCGAGCUGGGACGGUGUUGGAGAAAGGAGCUGUUUGAGAAGUGGUUGCGAGAGCGUGGCCGUACCUGGGCUGGUCUGCAGGCCCUCGCGAAGUACGAUGUGGAGCAACUGAACGAAAUCUUGAUUUGGUACGGGCAGUGGCUCUACGCCGAAGGUUCGUCGUCAGCUUCAGCCAGCUUGGGAUAUCUGUUUCUCGUGGCAGCGGCAGGUAUCCUGGCUAUCUGUUGGGGCGGGCUAGCUCGGGUAGGAGAAGCAAUGGCGGCGAGGAGGCGAGACCUUGUCCUCCCCGAUGACGUUGGGGUGGACUGUGGCGCGGACGGCUCCAUGAUUCUCAUGGCGGUCAUGGAACCCAAGACCCGGUUUAAAGCUGCAAGACACCAGUGUGUGAAGGUGGACCAGCCCCAGCUCGUGAAGCUGAUCCGGUGCGCUUUCCAGCGCCUGCGCGCCGACGAGAAGCUUUGGCCAAGGUCGGGCGCUACCCUGCGGGCACGUUUUCAGAAGCUCCUUAGCGCUUUGGGGAUCCCGCCGAACGCAGUGGCGGGCGUCAGGGACUUCGACAUUGCCAGCCUUCGAGCAGGCGGCGCGACAUGGUUGAUGGGUUCCACCGAGAGCCCGGAGCUUGUCCGUCGCCGAGGCCGCUGGGUUACGGCCAAGGUCAUGGAAAUCUAUAUUCAAGAAAUGGCAGCCAUGAUGUUUUUGCCGCGGCUGGAGCCAGAGCUGCGGGAAAACAUUUUCAACUGGGCAAACGUUUUCGACGAGGCCUUCGAGUUCGUUGUCUGGUGCCAAUCGUUGGGCCUUUUGCCCAAGUACUGGCUUUUUCUCCUACAGCAAGGUGUUAUAUAUGCUUGA